AUGGACGCAUUCACAACCAGAUGUUCGGGCCUACGCAUCCCACGUCCAAGCAUACCCAACGCAACGGUCGAGCUCCAGAGAGUGCAUCUGCACACCGGCGUAUCCGCAUAUAUCCCGGAAAGCAUAUACGUAAACCACGGUCCGGUGAAUGUUACGGAUGUUUCAUACUGCGUCGUUUCUAUCUCCUACACCCACACCCACCGGAUAGAGGUCGUGAAUACAGAAGUAUGGCUUCCGACUGAUGACAUGUGGAACGGACGGAUGAUGGGCUUGGGUGGUGGGGGCUUUUAUUGUGGGCUGUUCUUUGAAAACAAGAGGGCCAUGCUGGGUGCGGUGGGAGAGGGCUAUGCGGCCGUGUCUACUGAUUGUGGCCGCCGCUUGCGAGAAGAUAAUGCUGACUGGCUGCUGGAUCGUCCAGGCAAGGUCAACCUCCAUCGGCUUGAGGAUUUUGCGUCCGUCACAUUGAAUGAUGCAGCAGUCAUUCGCAAGAGCGUUGUUGAGAGCUUCUAUGGGAGGAAGCCUGAUCACUCGUAUUUCAGCGGCUGCUCCCAGGGUGGGCGUCAAGGCAUGAUGCUUGCGCAGAGAUAUCCCGAUGCGUAUGAUGGGAUCGUUGCUUCCGCGCCUGCUAUCAACUGGGCAGAGAUCCUUGUUGCUGGUUAUUGGACACAGUUCACCAUGAAUCAACUCGACUCGUAUCCACGAUAUUGUGAGCUGGACUACAUCACCAAUAUGGCCAUUGAGAGUUGCGAUGACUUGGAUGGGGUCCACGAUGGUAUAGUUUCUGACGUCGACGCUUGUGACAUUGACGCCUUGGCCAUGGUUGGGGCGGACGUUCCCUGCGGUGAGGAAACGGUGCCGCUUUCUACUUCAGCUGCGAUUGUAGCAAAUGCAGCAUGGCGAGGCCCGACUACCAAAGAUGGCGUGAACCUCUCGGCGGGAGUUUCUGUUGUCAGCAACCUGACCAACGACUUCUCCUCUCAGUGCUCUCCUAAUGGUAUAUGCAGCGGACUGCCGGUGAUUUAUUCGUCUGAUUGGAUUCGGUUGGCUAUCGAGAAAGACGCCAGGUUUGAUCUGAAAACGAUGACACUCGACAUGUACGUGAAGAUCUUCAAUGAGUCAGUGGAAGAAUACAAGUCGAUCAUUGGCACAGACAAUCCUGAUCUGUCGAAGUUCAGUCAACGCGGUGGAAAGAUUCUCAGCUUCCAUGGCCUGGUCGAUCCGAUGAUCCCUUCAACAAACACGAGACGCUACUAUGAGGCCGUGACAGAGAUGGACCCGACCGUUCAAAGCUAUUAUCGAGUCUUCGAGGCCCCCGGCCUCGGCCACUGCUGGAGCCAGUCAGGGCUAUAUCCUUCGACGAUAUUUGAUGACCUGGUAGCCUGGGUUGAGAAGGGGCAAGCUCCUCCCUCCUUACUAGCCUCAUUUACUGAUGCGACUGGUGUCAAACACGAUAGGGUGAUUUGCCCUUACCCAGAGAGGGCAAUAUAUAAUGGGCACGGGUUCCCCUGCUCGCUGGACAGACUUGUGCUUCAACAGAGACCGGACCUUUAG